UGUUUAUCGUUAUCUUCCUUCCUACGUACAGUUCUAGGACUGUACAGCGUGAAGUUUAGACAGAACUACGGUGUUUUCUGUUUCACUAUUGUCGUUUUAGCAGAAGCAUGAUUCGUCUUUUGCUUGUCCUCGUGAUACUGUUCGUGGACAAGGGACAUACACAGGGUGCAAACUGCCGGAAGGGAUGGCGCUUUUUUCAAGAAAGUUGUUACUACUUCGGUACCCAGCAGACCACUUGGCCGGGAGCUGAGUCCUACUGUUUAAGCAUGAACUCUGGGCUGGUAGAAAUUGAAACAGAGGCGGAAAAUAACUACCUUGAAUCUCAACUGAAAGUUAUCCACAAUCAUGGAUCAGACCCAACAGCUAAUCAAAACGAGGUAUCUUAUUGGUUAGGUGGAAAUGAUAUUGAAAUAGAAGGAGUAUUUAAAUGGGUGAAAUCUGAUCUCACACUAACGUUCACGGACUGGAAUCCUGGGCAACCUGAUGAUGCUAAUGGCGAGGAUUGUAUGGAGCUUAGAGGGGCCUUUCACUAUCACUGGAACGACCUCCCUUGUAAUAUUCCCCAUCACUUCAUUUGUGAGACACCGGCAUUUGACAGCAAUAUCAUUGGCAAGUGAGAGGGUAUCCCACAGACAGGCAUACAGACCAGUGGACCUUCAAAUAUAUCUGUAAUCUUUCUUUAAACAAAUAUAUAUCCCACAAUUAACAUCAAUGAUGAUGAUAUGAAAACAAAA